AUGGAUUUGCCGUCUGACAUUAGGGCAAGUGAAGUAUUUUCGCUCUUCUUGGAUGAAAACCUGAUAAGCCUUUUAGUCACAGAGACCAACAGAUAUGCAGAGCAAAAAUUGCAACAAGAAACGACUGAGCAUGCUCGAUUGAACAGGUGGAAACCCACCACUUCUGCAGAAAUUAAAAAAUUUAUAGGACUGAUGAUUUGGAUGGGUCUGGUACAGACACCGCUCGUUAGAUGUUGGUCAACGGACCCGAUCUACAACUUCCCAUUUCCGCGCAGCAAGAUGUCUCGUAAUCGUUUUAAGUUACUGUUAGCAAACUUGCAUUUUGCAAAUAACGAAACGAUAGAAGAGGGUAGCAGACUCGGAAAAGUUUUGCCACUCCUAAACCUAUUGAUAGAUAAUUACCAAAAAGUCUUUUCACCAGGUGAAGAUAUUGUAAUAGACGAAACAAUGGUUCCUUGGAGGAGACGACUCAUAUUCAGGCAGUAUAUCCUAACGAAAUCCCAUAAAUAUGGUAUAAAACUGUUCAAAUUGUGCUCCACCGAAGGAUAUACAUGGUCGGCGAAAGUAUAUUCUGGACGAGAUACCAGCGGAAGAAGGCAAGUUGGCCUAGCGGAAAACGUCUGCAUUGAACUAGCAGAUAAAUUGAUAAAUGAGGGACGAACUUUGUUUGUCGACAACUUUUAUACCAGUUAUAAAUUAGCACUAAAAUUUUUACAAUUCAAGACGCAUGUCGUUGGGACUGUGCGGUAUAACAAAAAAUUUAUGCCGCAUUCUGUAAUGUCGUACCCACUGAAGAGAGGUGAUAUGGCAUCAAGAGAAGACGACAACGGUAUUAUGGUGCUAAAGUGGAGGGACGUUCGCGAUGUUAUGAUGUUAUCAACAAAACAUCCACCUAUCAUGACAUCAACCACGGAUUCUACUCAUCGCGGACGUCCUCCUAAACAGAAACCUUUGGCGGUACUUGCUUAUAACAAUGGAAAAACUGGCAUCGACAGGAGCGACCAGAUGGUGUCAUAUGCCACAACGAUACGGAAAAGUAUCAAGUGGUAUCGCAAAUUAGCACUACAUUUGCUUUUGGGUACAAGUGUAGUAAAUGCUCACAUCGUAUAUCAGAGAGUCAAAAAUAAAAAAAUGGAAAUAAGAAAAUUUCGAGAGCUGCUUGUUGCCGAAUGGUUGUCCCCGGAAAAUUCUACGCUCGAUGAUAAUAGGACUAAAACAAGGAACGUGUCCCAUAAGCUGGAGAUUCGUACGAAUCAGCAGGGCAAGCCUGUAAGAAGGAUGUGCGUCUUAUGUUACCGGAAAAGGAGGCAAACUGCUGAACGACAAGAAGCAAAAAAAAAUGUAAAAAAAACUACGACCUAUUGUUCCAAUUGUCCGAAUUCACCACAAAUGUGUUUACAAUGUUUCAACGCACACCAUACGACAUAG